UGUGUCAUUCAUGCAAUUGGAUCUGUGAAAACUGUGGACCGAAUUCGCAAUGGAUUCAAAAGCGGAAGUGCCGAAAAACGAGAAGAAACUGAAGUAUCCGAAGGCAAUUUUCGCCAUUAUCAGUACCGAGUUCUGCGAAAGAUUCUCGUACUAUGGAAUGCGAACAAUAUUGGCAUUGUAUAUCAAAAACAAAUUGGACUUCAGUGAUGACACCUCUACAAUCAUCUUUCACACUUUCACGAUGUUGGUGUAUGCCUUUCCAUUAGUUGGUGCGAUGCUGGCCGAUUCGCUACUUGGAAAAUUCAGGACCAUUUUGUACUUCAAUAUUAUUUAUUGUUUGGGUCAGCUUCUUCUUUCCGCGAGCGCUGUUCCAACUUUCGGAUUACCGAUCAGGGAAAUUUCUAUGAUCGGAUUGCUCUUUAUUGCAAUGGGAACAGGUGGAAUAAAACCAUGUGUUUCCGCAUUAGGCGGAGAUCAAUUCACUCUCCCCGAACAAGAAAGACACCUCGCAAUGUACUUUUCAGUCUUCUAUUUUACGAUAAACGCCGGAUCGCUAGUUUCUUCAUUCCUCACUCCAGAACUCCGCAAUGGCAUCAAGUGCUUUGGAGAUCAAGAGUGCUACGCCAUUGCCUUCUUUGUUCCUGCGGCCCUCAUGGUUCUAGCAAUAGUGAUAUUUGCCAUGGGUAAGCCACUGUAUAGGAUAAAGAAGCCAGAGGGCAAUGUCGUGCUAAGUGCGAUUAGAUGUAUCUCGCACGCGGUCUGCGAGAAAUCUAAGUCAGAUGGGACUACGAAGCGUGGCCACUGGCUCGAUUACGCAGAUGAUGAGUACGACUCGAAAUUAAUUUUCGAUUUAAAAGCAGCCUUGGGGGUUCUGAAAAUUCUCAUUCCUCUGCCAGUGUUCUGGGCGCUCGCCGAACAACAAGGCUCGCGAUGGACAUUCCAAGCUGCAAGAAUGAAUGGGGAAAUAGGAAAUUUCUUGGUGAAGGCUGAUCAGAUGCAAAUGGUCAAUGCACUUCUCAUUCUCGGUCUCAUACCAAUAAUUGAAACGUGCCUCUAUCCCCGGUUGACAAAGUUUAAAUGCCUUGAUACGCAACUGAAGAGAUUAACGACUGGUGGAAUGUUGGCUGCUGUUGCAUUCGUCAUUGCUGCUCUUGUGGAAUUGAAGCUGGAGACGACUUAUCCAAUUCUUCCAACAAACGGCUCGGCGCAAGUGCGAAUUUUCAACCCGAGAGAUUGCCACCUGCCCAUUGUUAUAAACAAUCAAUCUUUAGUGAUGGAGCCCUUCGGCAUCUGGGCAAACACUGCUAUCACCGUGAUCGGUAAUCGAUCAAUACCUUACGUGGUUGAUUUUUCACAAUGUGGUGGAGUAAAAAAAUCAGAGGGAUUGAUCACGGCUGUGGAGGGACAGGCAACCUCCUACGUCCUUGAGCCAUCGAGUCCUUACUCCUACAAGGACUACGUUAACAAGACCAGUAGUGGAAACCCCGCGGUUCGAGUACUAAUCUACAAUCUCCUCAACUCCAAUGUCACCACGACGGUUGAAUUAUCAGAAGUAAAAUUCGUUUUCGAAGCAAACGGAGCAUCGGAUAUACCGCAAAUAACGCCAAUAAACAACUUCUACCCCGGAACAUAUCAAGUCAAAGUUAACGGGAUAUUUGUAGACUCGAUAGUCCUCAAACUCGGUGGAGUUUACACUUUGCAAACUUAUGUGACUGCUAAUGGUACGAGGGUCGGUCUUACAACAGUUACUCCUCCAAAUUCUGUUCACAUGUUAUGGCUCCUUCCCCAGUACAUGGUCCUUACGAUUGGUGAAGUUAUGUUUUGUGUCACGGGGCUUAGAUUUGUGUUCACCCAAGCCCCAUCCACGAUGAAGUCUCUUCUUCAAGCUGCUUGGUUACUGACUAUCGCCUUUGGCAACCUGAUUGUUGUCAUCAUCGCUAAAGCGAAGAUAUUCGACCGACAGUCAUCAGAGUUCUUCUUUUUCGCUGGGUUGAUGGCUGUGGGCAUGAUGAUAUUAGCAAUAAUGGGCAAGUCCUAUAAGUACAGGAAUUUCAACAAUGACCGUCAGUCCAUUGAAUGCAAAGAUUCUGGGAUAGACUUGAAAGAGAUGCAUGGCCACGGCAAGACUAUUUCCGCUGAUGGUGACGAGACCGCCAAAUUGUGGAACUUCAAUCACGAACCUUCCUGCUGAUUGAUUUCAGCUACUAGGGGAGGGUGGGGUAAAAUGGACACUUUGGACUUUUUUUGAAUUAUUCAUAACUCAGAAACAAAUUUAUCAAUUGAGCACAGAGCAGACUCACCACAAAGAGAAAGAAUUGUUCUUUGUAUUGAAAAAAAAAAUUAUUUAAUUCUA